CUCCCCUCUGACUAAAAUCUGAGAACACAGAUGGUGCUUUGCAAAUAAUUUCAUCAAAGGAGAAGAAUUAUUUCAGACAUUUUUAAAUGGAAAAACCUUUUAGUUGUGAUGACUCAGGACUCAGAAGCAGCAGCAAUACUGACAGACCAACAUGUUCUGUUUUACCCAGUCAACUGAAUGAGCAUGUGUUACAGUGUCAUAAUUCUGAAAAUGGGAGAGAGAACUCGAGGAGAAUAAUAAAAUCAAACAUGUCCAUGUCAAUGGACGCUCAAUCGGAAAUCUUGGAAAGGAGAGGAAAACCAAUACUAAUUAGGUCCAAAACAUUUGAUCCCUCAUUAUUGUCACAUGUCCAAAGUGACACUGAGCCAAAGAUUGAAAGAAAGAAGCAACAGAGCUGCCAUUUUCAUCGAGCAAAUACCCAAUACCACAAACUUUUUAAAGAUAUUAGUGAAAAUGAGUUGCUGAAACAAAGUUACACAUGUGCAUUGCAGAAAGAUAUUCUUUAUCAAGGGAAACUUUUUGUGUCUGACAACUGGGUCUGUUUCCACUCCAAAGUCUUUGGUAAAGACACCAAGAUUGCCAUUCCAGUUAUAUCUGUAUCAGUAAUAAAGAAAACUAAAACUGCAAUCUUGGUACCAAAUGCAUUGAUUAUUGCCACAGCACAUGAAAGGUAUGUUUUUGUGUCAUUCCUGUCCCGAGACACAACAUACAAGGUUUUGAUGUCAGUGUGCUCCCAUCUGGAUGACAAGUUUCUGGGAAACAGUCCUGUUCAUUCUGCAGAUGGCAAUUAUACAGUGUCACCUUCCACACUUCCCAUGAAUUUCUCGGCAGAUCUGUCAGACUUGGAUGGCCCAGUGGACCAAAGCAGACAAGAAAUCGGCUUCAGCAGUAGCUCAGACUCUCCAGAUUCACCAUUGUAUAAGAAAAUGCCAGAACACAAACGGAAUGUUUAUAGCAGUAAAACACAGAGACCAAGCUUGUUUAAUGUUCUUCUGAUGGUUUACCUAUUUCUAAUCUGCAUUUUGAUUCUGUCUUCAUGUUACAUGGCUUUCAAGAUCAUAUCUUUGGAAAAGAGGCUAAACUCUAUAGGCUCUAUGGCUGAAUUUACACAUAGUGGAGAUGAAUACAACUGCAUAUACUCUGAGGAUACUUCUAGCAUCUACUCUGCUGUGUCCAUUAACCUUGUGAAGCUGGAAAAGAUUCAGAGAGGCCUACAGAGACUAUUGGAUAAAACUCAGUGAUGUAAGAUCAUUCCUCAGAUCUCAGCCAUUACAAGGUGUUAAGGUCUUUACAAGGUGUAGCAGUCACUGUUACUGCAAAUCUUUGGCCAAGAUAAUAUUAUAGAACAUGGCCAUAAUAAAAACACAAAUAUAAAGCUCCAUUUUCUGCUAACAAUCCAUGGAUUACUUCUUACUCUAAGAAUAACACCCAAGUAGUAAUUCAGUUUGGUUUAUUUUUCUUUUGCUAUUCUCUUACUGAAAGCAUAGCAGAUGUGUGUUAAAAUGUGUACUUCCACAAAAAAUGUUUCAUAAGGUUUUGGUUGAAACCAGGGAAAUAUUUAUUUUGUCCUUGCAUCUGCUAGAGAAGAGCAAUGGUACACCAAAGUGCAUCUGAAAUUCCCACUGCAUCAUCAAAUUUAAAAUGUCUCACCUCUUUGCUGAACCAGUCCAUCCAUGUCAGUCCAGGCUCAGUCCUGAUCACGAUAAUGACAACUGGGUUUGGAAAAAGUCCUAUAAUAGUAAUGCAUCUAUCUAUAUCUGCAAAUACCAAUACAACUAAUGCAAGCUUUGGCUUGCUAGUAAGUUGUAAACCUGUAGCUAUAUGAAAAAUUGUAAAUGCAGCAUUCAAAUACAUUUGUGAAUUCAACACUAAUGGAAUUCAGAUUCAGUUAAAAUGCAUUGCAAGUGUAUGGAGAAAUGCUAAUACACAGUAUAAAAUGCUAAUAUAAUUACCGGUAACUUUUUUUUUUCUUCCAUUGAAUUGGUUUUCACAAAAUGUGCUUGAUAAAGAGAGAUAUAUUUUUGUACUGUGUUGCUGCUGCGGUAAAUAUACAUUUACCUGUAAUGUCAGUAUGUUGAUUGUUUCACGUCAAUGCCAGUAUCAGGGUCACACUAUAUCACUAGGAACACAACGCAUCCUACAAACAUGGUCACCACAAACUACAACACCCAGCACACAUGGACUCUGUCACGUUCACUUUCACCAUCCUUCUAAUCAUGCAUACCUGAACUCAGUCACACAAAAGUACACACACAACCUCACAGUUCACUGUAAAGUAUAUACUCAGUGUCUUUACCAAGCCUUUAAAUAUUGUGAUACUGAUAUACUAAGUAUUCUGUUUCUGUUCUGGUUUUUAAUGGUUUUAAAACUUGAUUUGUUCACAGUAUUUAAAAAUCACCCGACUAUUGCCUGUUUUGUGUUUGCCUCCUGAUUUGGAUUUGUUUUGAAGCUUGUUAAAUAAAGCUGUUUAUACCUGC